AUGCGUGCCUUACUGCUUCUCUGCACCGUCAUCACCAUCAUUGUCAGUGCUGUAUCUGGCUGUACAUAUGAAGGAAAAACUUACAAAAAUGGUGAUGAGUGGGUGGUGAAAGAUAGAUUUUUGAUUAAAUGUGUGGAGCUUGGUAAUGGCGCCUGGAAAACUGAAAUUGUUGGAUGUGUUCUCGCAGACGGAACCAGAAUACCGUUGAAUGGUACCGAAAAAGUGGGUAAUGAUGAGUGGACGUGUAAAGCAGAUAGCAACGGUUUGGUAACACUUCAGCAACAUAUCAAUGCUGUUGCCAAAUGUGGCAGUCGAUCUGUUGGCGAUCAGUGGAUAGAAGACAGUUUUGAGUUUGUAUGUGCUCCAGGAGGUCGUCAGAAGUUGUUAAAUUGCGUUACAUCGAAUGGAGAAAAGAUACCUGCAAACAGCAACAAAGUUUUUGGCAGUUUUAAUUUCAGGUGUAAUCAUUUUCCAAAUGGAACAGUAACUUUAACGUCAGUACCCGUCAAGGAAAAUAAACCUCACGUCGAGAUUAAAUGUGUAGAUGCUGAGGGAGUACAUCACGAUGUUGGAAGUUUCUGGUUAGAACGUGAACGAUUUAAUAAAACAUGUACAGACACAGGAAGAACGGAAAUCCUGAAUUGUGUUGCAAAAGGAGGCCUCAAGGUGCCAUUAAACGAAGUGGUUGAUAAAAUGUUCGUGAUGCAAUGUACAGAACAGCCAUGUGGAUCGUUAGCAAAAAAAUUAAUUGGUUGCUUUUUGCCAUCAGGACUUUGGAUUCCAUCAAAUACCAGCAAAAAUUUUGGUAGCGGUACAUGGAGUUGCAACAUUGGAAAUGAUGGAACAUUUGCCAUUGAAAGAGUUGCCUUUUCGUACUGGAAUCCAAGUGAUGAUUGCGGACAACGUGGCCGAGAAUUACCUCCAUAUUGUUAUACUUCAGACUACAGAACAAUCCCACUGAAUUCUUUGAUAAGGCUUCAUGGUGAAGUUGUCAAGUGUGAACAUGUCGGCGGCUUUACGGUGGUAUUACGAAGAAAAAAUGUGACUAUGUGUGUAGAUUCUCGUGGUUUUAGUCACAGUGUUGGAUCAUACUGGAUUUCUGGUGGUCGAUUCAACAAAACUUGUACAGCUGCUGGCGUUAUAACUUAUGAAAAUUGUCUUACGGCAGACGGAAGCCGAAUUCCGAUGAACACAACUAUAACUGUUGAACGGAUAACUUAUGUGUUCGUAAUAGAAUUCUACCUUCUUAGAAAUCUGGAAGAAAAAGACGCUUUAAGAUGUGAAAAUGAUUACGGUUUAGGUCAUUACAUGGGAAGCCAUUGGAUCGAAGGACAACAUUUUAACAUAACCUGUACAGAAUCUGGAUUUUUUGAAGUCUUAAACUGCAUUACACCAUUUGGGUUACAAUUACCCGUAAACAGUGAGGCUACCAUAAAUGACACGUAUUACUCAUGCAUGCAGGAUAUAAAUAGAAAUGUCAAAUAUAAUAGUAAAUAUUUUGGUCUAUUACCUGAAGAAACUGACUUGAAGUGUUAUGAUUCAGUGGGCUCCGAACAUGCACCUGGUUCAUUUUGGUUGGAAGACCAAAGUGUUAAUAAAACUUGUACUCCAGAAGGUGAAAUUAGAGUACAAAAUUGUGUAACUGGAGAUGGUGUUCAGGUUGCUGCAGAUGGAACAGUUUCCGGAGAUGAAAUUAAAUUUGCAUGUCUUCGAUUAGACGACUGCAAUAUGCGUAUCUUUCGACUUCCAGAUUUGAACUCAACAGAUGAUGCAACAGUGUCAACUUUAGAGGAAACUUCAAAAAACAGUUUUAUUAUGCGAUGUAAUGAAAAUCCUGAUGGCUCCUGGAAAGUUUAUGCUGUUGCCUGUCUUUUACCGGAUGGAAGUAAAAUGGAGCUGAAUGAAAAACGGCAAUAUGGAUCUGAUGAAUUUGCCUGUAUUGCUGCAGCCGAUAGAACCGUAUCCCUGCAGCAGAUGGUCAAUGUUAAUGCCGGUUGUGGGUCUCAUCCAGUCGGUAACCGUUACUCCAAAUCGUUUUUUUUAUUUUUCGUGACAUAUGGACUGAAAAAAAUUUUGAAUUUGAAUGCCAACGGGGCGGUAGACAAAUGUUACGAGCAUGCAUAA